CCUUGUAAAUUUACGACUUUCUUCGCAUGACGUGUGAAUAUUUGGUUGUAAGAUUUGUUAGUACGGCCCUGCGCCACGACUACUGCCACGAUGGCCGAAGAGCCCGACCCAAACGAACGAGCGAUGAUGGAAAAUGUGACGCAAAACGAGAUAAAGGUCAGUGCCGGAGGACCCACAGUUAACAACGAUGAAAACGAAGUUGCUAUACUCGAGUUUCAAGCGUCUCAAGUUAUUUCGAGGCUCGAAGAAGCUGUUGAAAGGGCCACCGAGGGUGGUGGAACAACAUGGAAUAAUCCAUCAGGUUUUUUAUCACAACCAAAAACAGCCCAAGAAAUUUUAUCACUCAUACAGGAUCUUGUUAUACAUGAAGAUUCACCGCAAACAAACGAAGAUGGGACCUCUGAGGGAGCAGUGAGCCAAAUAACAAGUUUACCACCACUGACCGAAGCUGCUAAAUUGGCACUCGUAGUACAUUCUGUUUCUGCUUAUGCAGUUGCUUUACCCAGGCCUCAUGCUCAACGUCUAGCAGGACGUCUUGCUGCUGAUACAACGAGAUGGCUUAGUCAUAUAUUCCAUUUUGUUGAUUGUGCUUCAUCCUUUCACGAGGAUCAUCUGGAAGGAUUGGUUCGAGUCACCAGACUUGCGCUUCACAGAAAGUAUCCACGCUACAUGGAGGAAGGAUUCACCGCUUUAGCCUCAUCCCCACCAUUAAUCUACAGCUCUAUUGCUGCUCCCCUGGGUGUUGUGCAACACUUAUGUCGCCAGCUCUCAUUGCCGCUGCACUGUGUUCGGCCUAUUCCACACAAUACGAUGUUCGGAUCGCCACAAAGUAUGGACGUAUCAGCACUAGAACGUCGACUAGCCGAGGACAGUCAAUCAAAUGUCGUUACGCCACUUUUAGUUCUCGCUGAAGCCGGCUCGGUACUUACUGGUCACUGCGAUAAUAUACCUCGUUUACGUGAAAUUUGCGAUAAAUAUAACGUCUGGCUUCACUUGCGAGGACAUUCUUUAGCCGCUCUGGCAUUGAACAACUUCACUAAAGAUUUGCCUUCCAAGAUUGCCGACAGCAUUACACUGCCUCUCGGAGUCUGGUUGGGUAUUCCUUCAUUGCCGGUGGUUACAUUGUACAGACUGACUGAUACGAAGGGUGGAAGACCGACACAAAGAGACACAACAUUGUCACUCAUAUCUGGAUUGAUGGCAGAUUCAUUGUCUAGACGAUUGCCAACUUUACCACUAUGGGCGGCCUUGCAGGUUCUAGGUCGAGACGGCAUACAAAAUAGGUUCAAAAGGUGCUUCGUUGUCGUUGAGCAAUUCUAUCAUAAAAUUAAAAAAUUGCCAUGCAUCAGUGUGCUGAGUCAAGCUCCUGGGGGUGAAAAUGGAACUUAUACGAUAAACGAUCUUUCGACGGCUGUUAUAAACAGUCCGCAACUCUUUGAGAUCAUAGCGAGCGCCAUUGUGUUCCAAUUUGCACCAGCCGAUCGUGAUUCACAAUCCACCGAGCGUAUACCGCCUUAUUACGAUAAACUCAAUUCUUGGCUUGGACAAAUUUUACAACGUGAUAUCAGCAACGUGCAGAUUGAACUUUGUGAAAUAGAACAGCAUGGCGUGGCUAUAAGAAUGUGUCCUCUUGAAAAUCCCGAGAGACCACCCAGCGAUGAAGAUAUUGAAAAUGUCAUUGCUUGCCUCGAGCAGCAAGUGGAAAUUUUAUUGGCAACCGUUGAGCACAAAGAUACUUUUGUUCGUCUUGUAACGGAUCAUGAUUGUCUUCAUCUCGUUGAUAUGCCUGGUUGGGCGGGUCUGGGUGGUGUACGUUAUGCUCCACCAACUUGGAUUCAUGUUAUGACCGAUCAAGCGAAAGAAGAAUUGAACAGACUGAACAUACAGCUCGUCGAGGCACUUCGAAGCACAGACGCGGCUUUUUCACUUGGUGAAGGCGCUGAUGGGCUAGCCUGUGUUCGUUUUGGAAUGGUUACACAGGAUACAGAUGUCGCCGAAUUACUGUCGUUAGUAUUGCAAGUUGGUCAAGAGGUCGAAGCGAGCUCGAAACUCCUUGACACGAUGUCGGAAGUCGUGAAACGGGGUAUCGAGGCAGCACAAACGGAUCUGGAACGGGAAAACGCGGAGAAACUUUGGCAAGAAGGAAUUUUACGUCACGUCCCGGUUGUCGGAACGUUCGUCAAUUGGUGGAGUCCACCCUCGAAAGAGGCUGGAGUACGUGGUCGCAGUUUGAAUUUACAAGCUGGUGUCGUCGAGAGUACGGAGAAUAUAUACAAGUACCACAUGCAACUACAGCCGAAUUCGACAAACAGCAACGGUUCAGGGGCAAGAACACCCCCGCAGCCACUCGUCCAGACCCCAGUCGGUGCGGGAAGUCAGAGUCACAGUCGUUCGUCCAGUCAUUCCAGUCUUCAGAGUGGCAAAAGCAACGUAGCGGCGAUAACGAACUCAUCACCGCAGCCGCAAACGAAGGAGGCCCUUGGCGAAGUACGCUCGUAGUAAUUUUCGUUUCAGUCUCUUAUCUUGGAAUCGGAGAAGAGCAUAAUUCGAAUGAAAAAUUAUUCGAGCAAUGUAGUCAGCUUCCUAAUCAAUCCCGUUUCGCAGUAGAGAAAAAACGAUAAAAAAAUUAACGAUUUUUCCACAAUUUCUGAAGCUCUGCCAAGAUCCUUCAAGCCGUAUUACAUUCAAAUAAAGUGUUCCUAAGAGGUUAUAAUGAAAAUAGAUAGCCACUGGUGAUUUCAAGAAGCGGUUGAAUUUCAUUUGGGCAUACAAUUAAUUUAUACAAAAUCAAAAUAUCAAAUAUGAAACUUCAUCAAGGCUGUUCGAUUACCUCUUCCUUAUAGUUACAUUUCAGUGUCCAUGGACGUUCAAAAAUGAAUUAAAUACAACGCAAAUUUUCAGUAUUUGGGCUGAAAAUAAUAUACUUUUAAAAAUCGGUCAUUUUUCUCUUACUACACAAUAGCAUCAAGAAAAAAUGCUGAAUAUUAAUGGGAAAUUUUACAUUGAAAGCCUCCAGAAUAUUCGCUCUGAUUUAAUACCCAAAGUAAAAAAUGAACUGUUGAAAAUGAUAAUUAUCAGUAGUUCAUAAUAGGAAUAAAUGACAAUGCAUUUAGGUGCCCUCAUUUCAAUAUUCAUUUUGUAACGUUUAUUUGGGUUUCACGUUUAUGGAGUUAGUUUGAGUUCGUUAAAAGAAGCUUUUACAAUUUUUUACUUUACUAAUAUCCACUGAUCUUUUCGAUGAACACAGUAAUUGUCUCUCUUCUAUAAGUGGUUUCGUCUGUUUGUUGAAACGAACAUGAAUCAGUUCUCGAGAUAUCAAUAAUGGUCUGAAAUAAGUAAUCUCAAAAAAUAUAUCGAAUUUAUUGUUUUCGCGAUAGUUAUUGAUGGGGAAAAAAGUUUCUGUGAAAAAAUUUGGUCUUAAAAAUUUUCCAUUCAAACGAUGCUCGUUCUUGCUUGCAACGGAGACGAAGAUUCGAAUAAAUAUGUAUAUGUAUAUAUAUAUAUUUGUGUCAUCGAAAACUCGAGGUAUAUCUUAGGAUGUAUGAUAGUGAGGCGUUCGUUGGUAACCGGAGCAGUAAAGAAACGUUUGCUUUUCCCACCGAUGUUCCAGUGCAUUAAAAGAAAUGAAAAUUUAAAAAAACAUAGUUACGUACGCCUUCCUCUUUUAGUCUCAUUCUCUCUCUCUCUCUCUCUUCCUCUUCCUCGUGUGAGUUGGGAAGGAAGUAACUGAAAAUUGUCUGCAUUGACACACAUAUUAUUCGAACAGUAUUUGUCACGUGAAAAUUGCUUUCGUUUCAUUUUUACGUGUUUAUUAUUUUUACGGUGAUUCAUGCUGACCUCGACGUUUUUUUUUCAAUUACCUUGUCAGCUUCGUUGACCAAGUAUCGAAUACUUUCUUCUAACAAUAUAGCACAAUCGAAAACGUUUUUCCACAAUCGAAAUGUUUCCACCCAGAAUAUAAUAACGAUAAAUAUUUGAAUGUUUCUUUUCAUUCCUUUGUUCAAUUUUCUUUUCACUAUAAUUCCUUAACUAAGAAUUAUUCCUCAAGCACAAAUAUCUAUGCUUAUUAUGAAUAUGUGAUAAAACGAGAAAGAAAUAACCACGAGACCGUUUGUGAUCAGCUUCGAGUAUUAAGGUUUUCACAUUUAGGCCAUUCUCAGUUUUGUUUCUAACUUGUUCAUUUUUUUGUGAGCAUAUGAGAUCUUUUUUUUCUACCGAGAAUACUUUCCAUCGCGCGAAUUUGAAACGGAGAUCUCGAAUUUCAGAAACUGACGAUAUCCUAUGAAUAAUUGAACACUAUCAGAUGCAAUAUUAAAAUAACGGUUCCACCAAAGAUCCGGGCCUUUGCUUCCGAUACAAUUUACAGUUUUACGAGGUAAAUCCUCGUGUGGUACGCGACAGUUGGAAGAAGGUUCGAAGGGUAUUAAAAAAAAAAAAAUGAAAAAUACUACGUAUAGUAAUUAAACAAUGAAUUCGUACAUUGCGAGUACGAUUAGGACGUAAAAAAAUAAAAACAAAAUACACGAAAACAUCUUCAUUUACGAAGAGAAAAAAUGGAACAUUUAAACACACAUUGUUGAAACUUACCUAAAGAUAAACAUUAAUUUAAGCUCGUAUGUAUAUUUAUGUACCAAACUGUUGUAAUAAAGUAUUGCUACUGCA